UGAAGAUCCAUUAUUGAUCAGAUCCCACUUUCAUCAUAGUUACUUGCAUUUUGGGAAUAGAAAAUUUCCAAGCUCCCAAGAGUCGCUGAACAACAAAAACUGCUUGGACAUAUUCAGUAAUAAUCGAAACAUGGUUUAGUAGUGAUUCUUGAAGACACAUUAAUGAUAGACUGUAAAAUAAAAUUUCUCCAAAAUGACUAACAAAUCAAUGUUGGUUCUAAAUCUGUUGGUUCUUUACAUCUCCUCUGUAAACGGGGAAGCAACAUGCAAACCUCAAUUGGUUCAAGAAUGGCAUCCACAGCCUGCAUCAUAUAUCAUAAAUUGGACACUAAGAGAAAAUAUCUGCGUGGACUUCUAUGAAGACUGCUGGGGUUUGGACAUGAACACUAAAACAAAUAUGUUAGACAAUAAAGUUGUACCCCAGAUAUGUCCUUUGCAAAUUCAAUCAGGGGACAUCCUAGUGAUUUCUACUGAACCAUCUCUUUUGGAAUUAAAUUUGAUGAAUGUUUCUGAAGCAUCGUUCAUCAAUUGUCAACAAAAUAUCACAAAUGAAGAUCAAUUACUUUUCGGUUGCAAACUAAAAGGCAUGUACACAGUUAAUUCUCGGUGGCUGGAUAUUGGAACUCAUUAUUUUAUCUCAGUAGUGACAAGUGGUCCAUCACUGUGUCAGAUGGGACUUCGACUAAAUGUGACAGUAAAACAACAGUUUUGCCAAGAGUCCCUAGACCUAGAAUUUUGUUCUGGGCAUGGUAAAUGUCUUAGUGAAAUUUGGAGCAAGUCAUAUAGCUGCCAUUGUCAACCUCCAUAUUCUGGGAAAUACUGUGAGAAACUUGAUGCAUGUUGUUGUAAACCAUGUAAAAUUAAUGAAAAUUGCAAUGAUACAAGAGGAACAUUGACUAAACAAGGCUGUGAAUGCAUGUUCCAUUUAACAUUUACAGGUCCCUACAGUGCGAAGUCAAUCAAACAUUGUGAUUAUCUGUCUUGUUUGAAAGGAGAAAUUUGCCAAAAUGGCACAUCUGUUUAUUUCUUUGAAUACCCAGAAGGAUUUCUCAAUCAAAACUGUGAACCUGAUGUUGUUGAGUGCUCAUCAGUAACAUGUUGGACUGACAUUAAUUGUCUCAACAUCACAAGUGAUCUUACGUGCAUCUGUUCACCAAUGUUGACAGGCAGUUCUUGUAAAUUAAUUCAAAUGUCGCAUAAGAUAUUUACUGGGAAGAAUAAUUUCAACUGGACCACAAGUGAGGAAGCUUGUCACUACAGGUGCAUGCCAGGCAUUACUGGAAAAAAUGAUGACAAGGAAGUUGACCCUUGUAGACUGGUCAGCAUCAACUGUGUGAAUGAGAAAUGGAAUUUCCAUAUGAAUGGUCAAUUCAGAGUCAGGAGUGGAGGGCAUUCGGUUUCUAAACAGAUCGCUGCACAAGAAUACGCCACUAAAGAAACAGAGUUUAUGAUAUGA